CUUGUCAUUGAUAAUGAUCUCUUGCUCUUUAUUUGUUGAAUUUUAACCGAAAAGAAAUAGAUAAACUUAAAUAAAAAAGAUGGCAGAGGACGAGGUUCUGUAUGCUUCGGUGGUUGUCAAAAGCAGGAGACCCCAAAGAGCUACAAAGGAGGAUGAAGUUGUGUAUGAUGAAGUGAAGCUACCAAAUCAAACGGUUCAGCAAACACUUGACACAAACGACUCUGCACGACUUUUAUCAAACAAGGAAGCAGAAAGAAAACAUCGUUGGUAUCAGAAGUUGGCUUGUUGCUUUGGGAUCCUCUGUGUGAUGUUGGUGUUGGCCAUCAUUGCAGUCUUUGCUCACUUUUUAUUUCCUCACAAAAGGGAUGAGCAAGAGCUGAAACAGCUGAAAGCCAAUCAAACGUUGCUGCUGGAGGAAAUUUACAACCUGACAAACCUGAACAAGAAACUCAGCUCAGAUUUGAACAUCCAGGUUCACAACCACACACAAGAAAAAGAAAACCUGAGAUUACAAAAUCAAAACCUGAUGACAGAACUUGAUGAAGUGAAAAAUAAAACCCAGAAGCUGCAGAAAGAGAAGAAAAACCUCACAGAACAAAUAGAAACUAUGGAGAAAACUUGGAAUGAGCAGAACGUCAGUCGAGCUCAGUGGAGCGUUGAUGAAUAUUGUCCUAAAGAAAACAACAAGAGAAAUUGUAGUUCUUGUCAGAAAGGCUGGACUCACUCUCAGUCCAGCUGCUAUGCAUUUAAUGAUGCUAAACCUGAGGAUCAGAAAACCUGGGAAGAAGCACGAGAAGACUGCAGAGGAAAGAUUUCAGAUCUGACUGUUGUUGAUGAUGAAGAAGAAAAGAAGUUUAUUAAAGACAAUAGUUGGGUUAAUAACAAAAUUAAAGGAUACUGGAUUGGCCUCAGAGCUGAAGGAGGGAAAUGGAAAUGGAUCGAUGGAAGUGAUCUGACCAAUCAAGCCUGGAUACAGCAGCAGCCUGUUGAUGGUCAGUGUGUAACUUCUCUCCAGCGCAGAGAAUGGAGAUCAGAGAGCUGUGAUAAAAAGAAUGCAUGGAUCUGUGAGAAGAAGGCUUUAUCUGUUUAGACAUGAAAUAUUCUGAUUGAGGGACGUUAUCUGGACUUCUUUAAAUACAAAUAAAGGAAAUGUAAAAGCUUCACAGAUUGUCUGUCUGAUAAUUCAAAAUGUAAAACAGCUUUUUUUUUAUUGUAUCACAUAUUUAUUGUAACACAUGUAGGGAUUUUAACUUGAAACCUGAUUAAAGACAUCAGAAUUUAGAAAGAGUUUUAGUGGCACUCAACAGUAAAAAGAUUUUGGAAAUUUGAGGUUUUUAUGAUUAUUUGUCAGAGCUGCAAUUUUUAGAG